AUGGUUGUCGACACCGCCUACUACGAUAUCCUGGGCGUGCAGCCUGCCGCCACUGAGCUUCAGAUCAAAAAGGCCUAUCGCAAGCUGGCCAUUGUUCACCAUCCGGGUAAGGCCGCCCUCCCGGUGCUGUGCAUGUGCGCAUACAAGAAUCCCAACGAUCCCGCCGCCCACGCAAAGUUCCAAGAGAUAGGCGAAGCGUACCAAGUUCUCUCCGAUGCAGAUCUCCGCAAGGCAUACGACAAGUUCGGCAAGGACCAUGCGAAGCCGCAGGAAGGCUUCACUGACCCAGCCGAGUUCUUCACGUCCAUCUUUGGCGGCGAGGCCUUUGUGGACUGGAUCGGCGAGAUCAGCCUGAUGAAGGACCUCACCGCCACCAUGGACAUCACCAUGGCCGAGGACGAGGAGCAGCAAGAGGCCGCCGCCAACGUUGAAUUUCCCGGCACCGACGAGGCCAAGAAGCAGAGCGCACAGGAAUUCGCGGAGAGGGAGGCCGCCGCCCAAGCCCAAGCCCAAGCCCAGGGUGCUCCCAACGCUGCCGCUCCUCCUCCUCCUCCGCCAGCCGUCGUCGUCGAGGACGAAAAGUCCGGCGCUUCCCCUGCCGCGGCCGCGGCCGGAGCCGGAGCCGGAGCCGGGCCUGCGCUCCCCCCUCGAUCCGAUGCCACCUCUCCCGCACCGUCCUCGUCUUCACGCAACCGAACGCAAAUACCCAUCCGACCGGCCCUCACCGACCGACCCCACGACGAAGCGUCCAUCCAGGCCGCCGAAGAAGAACUCCGCCAAAAAGAGAAGAAGAAGGGGGGCCUCACCAAGGAACAGCGCGAGCAGCUGGCCGCCUACGAACGGGAGCGCGCCGCCAUCCGCCAGAAACGAGUCGACACACUGGUAGAAAAGCUGCUCGACCGCGUGAGCGUGUGGACCGAGACGGACAAGGGCGACGACGUCACCAGGGCGUUCCAGGAGAAGAUGCGCCUCGAGGUGGAGAACCUCAAGAUGGAAUCGUUCGGCAUCGACAUCCUCCACGCCAUCGGCCAUACGUACGUCACCAAGGCAUCAGGGCUCCUGCGCAGCCAGAAGUUCCUCGGCAUCGGCGGCUUCUUCAGCCGCCUCAAGGACAAGGGCACCCUGGUAAAGGACACCUGGAACACGAUCAGCAGCGCCCUCGACGCGAAGCAAUCCGUCGAGGACAUGGCCAAGCUGGAGGCCAAGGGCGGCGACGACUGGACCGACGAGAAGCGCGUCGAGUACGAGCGCCACGUCACGGGCAAGAUCCUCACCGCCGCGUGGCGCGGCAGCAAGUUUGAGAUCCAGAGCGUCCUGCGCGAGGUCUGCGACGGCGUGCUGUACAACAAGAAGGUGCCUCUUCCCAAGCGGCUGGAACGUGCGCAGGCGCUCGUCCUCAUCGGAGACGUCUUCCUCAAGGCCCAGAGAUCCCCCGAGGAAGAAGGCGACUACCUCGUCUUCGAGCAGCUCGUGGCCGAGGCCGCCAUCAAGAAGGACAAGGAUGAGGAGAAGCGGAAAAAGGACAAGAAGAGCAGACAGCACCGCCAGGCGGAGGAAGUUGCCGGCGACGCGCCGAAUGUCCCCAAGGCGCAAGCAAAGUCGUAA